GAUUUUUCCCGCCAUCUUAUCUUAGCGACCAAGCCUUCUGAAUUUCGCCAGCAACGCCUGGUAGAUAUCUGCUGUCGAUCAACAUGCUUGAACCGCUUCUCGAAGUUUUAUCAUCGCAGAGGAUAAUUCUUGCAAGUUCUUCGCCAAGAAGAUGUGAAAUCCUGCGAAAAGUUGGCUUGAAUUUUGACGUAAUUCCAUCAAGAUUUGAGGAAACGCUCGAUAAAAGCGCCUUCAAACAUCCAUAUGAGUAUGUUUUGGAAAAUUCUAAGCAAAAAGCUCUGGAGGUAGCCGGGAGAAUCGAUGAGAGCAACAAAGCCAACUUGAUUAUAGGAGCUGAUACUGUGGUUGUCUUGGAUAAAGAAAUUCUGGAAAAACCCAAAGAUAAAGAUAAUGCAUUUUCUAUGUUGAAAAGUUUGAGUGGCAAGGAUCAUGCUGUGUUCAGUGGUGUUACUCUUUUACAAAGUGAUGGUACAAAAGGUGUGUAUAUUACACAAUAGGAAAUUCUUCAGUCUAUAAUCUAACUUGCGAACAGGCUCCUGGCGAGGGUGAAAAAAAGAAUUUGGCAAGCGAAGCAAGUAGGGUGGGGCAGGGCGGAAGAACCUGUUGACAUUCUAUUGAUGCUGCCGUUCCAUGAAUCUAGUAUCCUGUUCUGAUGGGUUAAAUCACUGAUUGCUGACAGCUUUUUUAUCUGCCCUCACCGGGAAUCUGUUCACAGGCUAUCUAUAACCUAAAUUAUUUCCUUAAAUUACUAAAUGUAACUGGUACUAGUUAUCUGUUCAAAUCCAGUGGUUUGGAGGAGACAUACAGUGUAUGACCCAUCCACCUGUGCUGGCACUUUUCUGGUUUCUGUAAGGUGAAGGGACUAGAACUAUUGAUAGACGCCCCUGAUGCUAGUCCAUUGCAGGUCCCUCAAAGUAUUUUGCCUGGUUGCCUAGCAUACAGUCUGUCAGGGACGUAUUUAUACAAACAGUGUACAAUGAGCUACAAAAGUGUUGAGACGCUUGGCAGUAAAAUUCUAUUUUUGAGUCACUUGGAAGCAUUCCUUCCCCUUCCCCCAAAACAAUGUUGAUUUUUCUAUCUUAGUUAAGACUGCACAGACCACAGUACACGACAUUGAAUUGGGAGGUCGGGGGUAUCAGAGAAUUAAUGCUUGAUGCAAAUGAAAUACAAUGAGGUUCAAUAUCGAAAAGUGUCAUUUUCUAGAAGUGUCUCAACUACUUUUGUUGUCCAUUGUAGUACUCC